AUGACAUAUAUUUUAAGGAAGAUUAGUGUUGGUUCUUUAAUUAGAGAGCCUAGGAGAUAUAAACAUGGAGUUGGUAAAUGGGUCGAUGUGGCCAACUAUCAGAGAAGCGAUGAUGUGUGAGACUCAUAAAUACGUAGCAGUUGUCAAUAAUUUUGCAGAUACUGAACCAAUUGUUCAAAAGCUUCAAUUAUUAGGAGCUCUGAAUGUAAGCGACUUGCAUAGAGUCCACAAAGAAAACUAUGAAGAACGAUUAAGAAGAAGAGGUGACAAAUUUCCACCACAAAAGGAACCAGACUCCGAAACAAAGCUAGUCAGUCAAUCAGCGAUUGCUGAAAGAUUAAAAUCUAGAGCUCAGGAAGAAUUGCAGUCACUGUUUCCUCCCGACUAUGAUGCUGCUGGACAGUUCAUUGAUAAUAAGGAAAAACAAAAUGAGGACGAAAAUUAUGAAAAUGAAGUGCCGAAAAUAAAGAAACUAUUGGAGCCGUCGCAGAUGAGACCGAUAGAAGAGGAUUUAAAGUCUAUUAAAGUUGACGAGAACCGUAUUGUCAAGCCGUCGAGUGGCUUGACCUCUGGAGCUUUGCAAGAAUUUAUUCCUGCGACGAAGCUCAAAGGUCUAGAUGACUAUAUUCUUGAGUCAGACCCUUAUCAACAUUACAAAGAGGGUUCUGAGUUUCAAGUUAGGGUCGAGCCUGAGUCAACGAUUGAAUUUCCGGAGCAUUUAAAGAUUUUCGCUUUUGAGGAAGGGAAUAAUUCAAGAUUUCCUUCUCCAAGACGUUCAUUAAAUGGAAAUUUCGAUUAUUAUUUGAUGGACGGAGCUUCAAUUCUUCCUGUAUUAGCUUUGGGUCUCAAGCCAGGUGACACGAUGCUUGAUAUGUGUGCUGCACCAGGUGGAAAAUCUCUUGUUGCGCUCCAAACUCUUUAUCCACAAAUCUUGGUCUGUAAUGACAGUAAAUUGAGUCGUUUACAUCAUUUAGAAGAUGUCAUGAAUGAAUACUUGGGUAAUCUUGAUCACUGGGAAAGAAGAUUGUUCUUAACUAAUAAAGAUGCCAGAGCCAUUGAUGAUGAAAAUGUUUAUACUAAGAUUUUAGUUGAUGUACCAUGCACUACCGACCGUCUCAAUCUUCACACAGAAGAAAACAAUUUAUUCAAACCAUCUAGAAUAAAAGAAAGGCUUCUUUUGCCGGAACUUCAAACAGAAAUUUUAUUACAGGCAUUAAAAAUUAUGCCUGUUGGAGGUACUGUCGUUUAUUCAACCUGUUCACUCAGUCCUAUUCAAAAUGACGGAGUUGUUCAGAUGGCUUUAAAAAAAUGUUGGGAAGAAACGCAGUCAACUAUGAUUGUCAAAGACUUAUAUGAAGCGUUAGCACCACUACGUUGUAUAUACCGCUUUGGAAAUGACUUUGGAUUAAAAUACGGUAACAUCGUAGUACCGACUCCUAAACAUAAUUGGGGUCCUCUCUAUUUUUGUAAGAUAGUUCGAGUUAAUUAA